CCGGUGACAGGGUUUCGCGUCUCCUGCCCCAUACCAACAAUCAGCGUCAUUUCUACAUUCUUACGGUUGCAUCUGAUCGGGAGCUUUGCUGUUUUUCGAUUUUUGUAUUUAGACAUUGUGCGGACCUUGCCUAAUCUGCGACCGCAGCCGACCCCGCUCGCUUUCUACAUGGAUUAUGUGGCGAGGGGACGGAACAUUCGUGUGCUGCCUGGGCUGAGAUCUUUUAGCACUAACAGGAGCAGAUUGCUCAGUGCAAAGACAUAGUCUACGUCAGUAUCGGUGAGAGGUCAAGUAACGGCCAGGCGAUUUCUCCAACAACACGCACUCAUCUCGCAGGCCGCCAAGGUGCUACACAAUUCCCUGGCCAUGAUUCAUUCGGUCUGUCGUCACCGCCAUUCAACAUCACAGGCUCUGUCGCUAUAGUCACCCGGCGGGAAGCAUCAUGGCAGGUAGCAACACCAACCUCAACCUCCUCGACCUCCCCGUCGACAUCCUCAGCCUCAUCCUCCAGCCACUCCUCACCAGCCCAACGCCGAUCCAGCUCUGCCCCUGCUCGGCAUCUCCCAUCAACCCGCUGCCGGUACUGCUCGCGCACCCGGCACUGCACGCCAUCGCGGCACCGCUGCUGUUCACGGCCAACGAGUUCGUGCUGGACGCGACGGGGCCACACGCGCAGCACGUGCGACGGCGUCUAGCGGCGGCUGCGGCUGCGGCUGCGGCAGAAGAAGACGGAGACGCCGCCGUGGCAGCAGAUAGGGCGUCGCCGUCGUCGCUGCUCACGACAAGGGAUGCGCGGCUCAGGGUGGCCAACUUGCAGGUGCGCUUUGAUCGGCUGCGGGGGUGGGUGCAUGACGGCCUGGUGCCGAUGCUGCUGGACAUGGUGGUGCAGGGGGCGCUGGAGCAUCUGACAGUGUGGGUGCGGAGUCCGCCAGAGGCCCAACAUCCACGGGCUCAGCAGCCACGGCGGCGGAUCGGUGCGGAAGACGGCGACAACGACCUGGCCAUAUUUGCGCGGCCGCCGCUCGAGGGUCUGCUCCGGGUGCUGGCGGACCCAUACCUCCGGACGGCGCGGCUGUGGGUCGACGAGCAGCGGCACGUGCGGGCGUGGUGCCGAUUCCACGCUGGAGGACGGAGUGUCGGGUGUGGAUCCGGGGCCGAGGCCGGGACGGACGCCGUGGACCGGAACGGGAGCCGGGAACAGGCUCCUCUCGCCGGGUUCAGCGGGGGCCAGGCCCUGGAGAUUGACUGGCGCAUGGUGCUCCGGGUUGUGGACCCUGAGCGAAAGGACGUUGCGCUCGUGGGGGACGGGAGGAGCGGACAGUGGUGAUGCAGGGAUUACGAUAUAUGACACUGGAUUCUCAGAUCAUGGCUCCAGAUGGGGGCAUCACGAGGUUCAUUGGGUGUCUGGACGUGUGUCUGUGGUGUGGCAAAAGCUGGCAACAGGUGGGCAUCGGCCAGACACGGCAUUGGAAAUCUAGAUUGCGCAUCCCCCCAAGAACCAGAACAGCCACAGAAAUAUCAAUGAAAAGAAGAAGAAAAAAA